UGUAUAGAGCUCGGUGUACCAGAUUUUAUUCAAAUGCAUCUGGCAAAAGGCUUAUUGUUCUAACUGUCUAUCGUAAGGGCACCUUCAAUUACGUAAUGGCUAAGUGACUAGCCGAGUUUACGCAAGCGAUAUGAUUGGUUCAUCGGUUCAAUUGCUUUUAAACGACGGAUGGUCAAUUUGGGGAGCGUGAUGUAUAUAGAGAUCAUCAAGGAUGAUGAAAUGGCCAGUGUGUAAUAAAGCUUUAUUAUUUUUUUUUCACAAAUUACCCAUUCUGGUGAUGAAAGCACAAUGGAGAGGACAUCAAAGGAGACUCCCUUCUCUGCAUUCCGUGUCAAUGUGUCUCUCAUAGUUUACAAGGUCUUCUAUUUCAGCUUUUGGGGAGCUACUGGAAGCUACCUGCCGUAUCUAAGUCUUUAUUUUAAGCAGCUUGGCUUUUCCCCCGCCAAUGUUGGCAUUGUCAGUGCUUUCAGACCCCUGUCGGGGUUCGUUCUGCUGCCGGUCAUCGCAGCGGCCGCAGACCGGUUCAGAUGCCGGAGAGCAAUUUUGGUAACGAGCAUCCUGCUCGGUGUAGUGACUGCCGGCGCGCUGGCACUCUUACCCCAUGCAGCCGAGGCCCCCUGUGGUGUAAUGGAGAAGCAGAUAGAGGAGUUUUUCCAUCUAAAUAUCUCUCUUUCCGGACCAGACGGCCAAGGAGGCCACUCCGAAUCAUUUCACGCUUCUCGCGUGGACAACCUGUUGCCAAGCUUCCCGGGGGCUCGAGGAUUGCCUGGUUCGAACCCGUAUCUGCACAUACCGUUUGAAGGUGCCUUGACGAACACCAGCUUCCUCGACGUCCGAAAUUUGCCCGAGAAGAUCCGGAAGACCCUCAUCGCCAACCAGAGUUGGAUGUACUACCAGGGAGACCUCCACAAACUCCUCGUCGCUGUGAUAGUCCUGGCAACCGUGAUGGAGGUCAUGAUGUUCAGCGCCAUUUGUCAGGGGGACAUUGCUACUUUGGACGCUCUACGACGGGAACACGGCAAUGCUGAUCAGUACGGAUGGAACCGUGGAUUCGGAACUGUGGGAUGGGGAGCUUGUUCCUUUGGCGUUGGUUUGAUCUUGAGUUCAACCCGUACCGCGGUAGUCACCUGUGGCUUUGAGCAUGUCGCUACCGGUUACUGGACCGCUUUCGCGGCAGCUGGGAUCGUCGGCAGCGUCGCUUUCUUUUCCACCUUCUACUUUGGACCAUACACAUAUGGAGAAAAGAAAGAUGACUCCGAUGACACUGUGUCCUCGUCUCUGGGCAAGAGCCCGAUUAUGGCAGUGGUGUUCAGCUGGCAUUACGGCUCUGUCUUCGUCAUGAUUGCCUUCCUGGGUCUGUGCAACGGAUCCAUGUGGGCAUUCCUCUAUUGGCAUCUGGACAAUAUGGGCGCCACGCAAAGCUUUCUUGGAUCGCUAACAGCCAUCCAGAGCUUGUCCGAUUUUGUCUUCGGUUUCCUGAGUGCGUGGACCAUCUCUGUAUUCGGUCACAUUCGGCUGUUGGGCGCGGGACUGUUUUUCUUCAUAAUUCGGUUCUUGUAUUAUUCGUGGAUUCCUGCACCAUGGCUUGUUAUCUUUUCGGAGACACUUCAUGGGUUGGGCUCCAUUCUGACGUGGAUCACGGCGGUGGCAUACCUGAACGAUGCUGUUCCACCGCAGUGUCGGUCCACUGUGCAAGGCAUUCUGGUCGCCGCGUAUAACGGCUUGGGAGCAGGGCUUGGAUUCUUCACCUCCGGUCUGCUCGUCAACAGAUUCGGAGCAUCACAAACGUUUGGCCUCUUCGCAGUUUCCUGUACCGCGUUUUUUGUUGUGUUCCUAAGCAUUCAAGGGCUCUCGAAGGUACCCCCUUCCCCUUGGAAAGAUGAACAUGAGGAGAAACAAUCACCGCAGAAAGAAGUCAAGGACCCAGACGAGGAAGAUGCACUUCUCGACUCACGAAAUAAGUAAUAGGGUUGGACAUGGAAGCUAUGAGUGAGCUUGUAUGCUUGCUUAGUCGUCGUUUAGCGCAUUAAUUAACCAAACUUAAUGGUGGGAUAUUUCAUUUGUUGCAUCCAAUAUUCUGCUGAGAAUUUCAGAAAGUGUCCUCCUGACAAAGUUAACCAUACUCCUUUACCACAUAAUACAGGGUGUGCACAUAAAAAGUAUACCGAUAUAAAAUGAAUGUAAUGACAAAAUUACGUUACAUAUGGGAAGGAGAAAUAUAUCUGUAGAGAGGGCAGUCCUCUUUGCAAUGGCAUACGGCUUGUGAUGUUGUUGACAUAGAUGAGUGAAGAAACUGCACCGAUGUUAAGGAUACUGAAAUCGGCACUGUGACAAGUUUGCAUUUUCACCAUGCAAGUGGGCAGAAUACCAAAUGCCUUUGCUUUAAGAGCACAUUCUUGGAAACAAGGAAUGUACCUAGAUCAAUCUAAUCUGCUUUUUUUCGCUACUUACCUCGUAAGUUUAAUUAAUGUGCUGUGCCCUCCACAUGGGCACUAUUUCUAUGCACAUCUGCCAUUUUAAUGUAAUUUUUAUGUCAGUAUGAUUUAUAUGCUUCUCAUGUGGACACCCUGUAUAAUUUUAUUUUUAAAACCUCGAAAUGUACGUUGUAGGGCAAUCUUCCUUCUCAAGAAAUUCUCUUUUUUUUCGAACAUGCAUGUUUAAAAUUUUGUUGAAGGAACCCAACGGGAAAACAAAAUUCCAAGUAAUCAUGAAAACGCUGACAUUUCUUUAAAAUGCCAAUUAAGAAGACCAACGUGGUGUCUUUUGCACGUGGCAGUAAGUAAGUCUCUGACAAUAUUUCUGUAAAAAGGUGUCUACUCUGCUUUCUGCAGUACUUACAAUAUGCCCACAGUGAUUAACCCUAAAAGACCAGGGUUUUUCUGCACCAUGUUUAGUGGUUGGGGCAGAUCCCCCAAGAACUCAGUUGUCCCAUGCUCAAUCUCUCUGAAACUUGGCAUGCACAUUAAGAACUCAAAAAUAAUGCGAAGUUUCAGCUCAACCUAACAUAUGAUUUUGUUGUUAAGAUUAUUAAAAGUUAAAGCCUUCAAGGCCACAUGUAUGCCAACCCUCUUGAAUUGAUCCUGGAUAAUUCAAAGAGCGUACCAUUGCGUAGAGGUUACCGGUAUUAUGUUUACAGCCCUGAAAUACUAACUCCACCUUGAUGGGCAUCAUGGCAGCUUGGGCAAAACUUAUUGCUGUGAUCUGAACUCAAGCGUACAUACCGAUUCAGAGUCAAGAAUCGGCAUGACUGGUAUGGACGACCACAUUUCAUAUUGGACGACUCUCUCUCGCUCCUAAUGACAUAUAUUUUGAUUUAAUUUCCUUUUCUUACUUACUUUCUGGGCUUCCCGUUUGUUUUUUUGAACCUAUUAAUUUAACAUGCCCCAUGAAGCACUGUACAGAGGGACGUCAAAGAUGCACUUUUGUAUUUGGUGCCCUUUUUGUGGUUGUUUUAAGUGAUGUGAUCGUGGUAAUGGGUAAAAGUACGCAUGAAGUACAAACAAUAACUAAAUUAUACCAUUAAUUAAAGCUUAGAUGGUUCCUCAAAUAACUCUAUUACUUGGAUGUCAUGCAUACACCGGAGAAGAGAACAAAGAUGUCAAAGUGCGAUUUAUACAUUAUGUUAUAUAGAAUACAUGUAUGUUUCUUGUUUUUAAUUUUCUUUCCUUGGUUGUUCUUUUGUAUUACCAUUAAGCCUUUGCGUCUAACCCGUUCUGGUUGAAGUAUUGGACAGU